UAUAGCACACAUUUCCCAUUGGUGAGGGUUUAAGGCUUUAAGCACAGCCAUGGAAGAACCCGUCGAAAACCUCUGGCAAGAAGUUCGAGAUCUAAGCCUAGGCUCCAGCACCCAUAUUGACCUCCUCUCUUCCCCACCCACCCCUCUCCAAUUCCUCCGCGAUUACGUCUCCCCCAACAAACCCUGCCUCAUUUCCAACGCCAUAAACCACUGGCCAGCCACCAAUCUCUGGCAUUCCACCCCUUAUCUCCUCAAUACUCUCUCUUCCUCCUCUGUUUCGCUUCAUCUCACCCCUACAGGCAAAGCUGAUGCACUUACCCCACACCCCACUACUUCCAUUACUUGUUUCGCCUCUGCUAAAGUUCAACGUAUCCCUUUUCCUGAUGCUUUGACGCGGGUCUUAGAAUCGGACCCAAAUUGUGUGGGUUAUCUACAGCAGCAGAAUGAUUGUUUUCGUAGUGAGUAUGGGCCUUUGAGUCACGAUUGUGACCUUGAGUUUACUUGGGCUUCUGAGGCUCUUGGGUGUUUGCCUGAAGCUGUGAACCUUUGGAUUGGUAAUGAUUUGUCUGAAACUUCAUUUCAUAAGGAUCAUUAUGAGAACAUAUAUGCUGUUGUUUCUGGGGAGAAGCAUUUUUUACUUCUUCCUCCUACUGAUGUUCACAGGAUGUAUAUUCGUCCGUAUCCUGCUGCCAAUUACCACUACUCCCAGGAUACUGGGGAAUUCUCUUUGGAACUGGAGGAACCAGUGAGAUAUGUGCCAUGGUGCAGUGUUAAUCCAUACCCUUCACCUGAGUUGAAGGAGAAGGAAAUGGCCCAGUUUCCCUUAUAUUUUGAUGGACCAAAACCAUUUGAAGUUACAGUCAAGGCGGGCGAGAUUCUUUACUUGCCAAGCAUGUGGUUUCACCAUGUUAGACAGAGCCCAGACAGUAGAGGACUCACCAUUGCUGUAAACUACUGGUGUGACAUGCGAUUUGAUAUCAAAUAUGCUUACUUCAACUUCCUGCAAUCACUGCCUCAUUCCAUGCUGUGCAAUCCUGCAUCAUCUGGAAAUUUACUUGUGGAGUCACAAUGCCAUUCAUCUAUGGGAAACUCUGGAGAGGAAUCCAGCAUCACUGCUUCAGCCAAUGAUGACUUAUUACAGGAUUCUAAUGACGCUGCAGAAAAGUAAGCAUCGCAUGCUGUCAGGAGCCCUAUGGUGAGAAGCAAGGAAAUUUCUAGUUCUUUGAGAUCCAAUACUGCAAGCAUCCUUUUGUUUCCGCUUGCUGAGUGUUUUCAACAUGAGAUGGGAGAAGCUCAAAUGAGCAUUUCACUUCAUGAUUGCCCCCGGGUUUGCAUCUCUGGUUUAGUCAGCUAGGGAGAUUCUUCAAUGUGCCAUUUAAUAUCCAGAGCAACAGUGUCAGUGAUGGAGGUUCAGGUGCCAUAUUCUUUAGAGAUUUGCCAGUGUAUUUAUAUGAUCCACCUUCUCCUGUUCUGUGUCAUCCUUUUACUUAAUGCUUCCGUAAUCUGCUAUUGAAGCUUUGCUUACAUGUUCCGCUUAUCAGUAAGGGAAGGUCAACCUGAUCCGAUUAAAGGAAGCCAUCUUCUUGAAAAGGCAUGCACUUUAUAGGAUUUAUUCUUUCAAGCCUUGGCAAUCAUCAGUUAUCGGGUAGAGUGGCAUUAGGAUGGUUCCUCAAGAGACAAAAGCCACAGCUCAUGGUUGUUGCCAUAAAUUGGAGGAGAGUGUACUAUUUUGCGUUUAUAACAAAAGUGCACGAAUCACAUUCCGAUAUUAGACUAUCUCUUGCUUGCUUCUUUACUGAUUCUCUGGUAUAAAUGUGCCUUUGGAUUGCGUUAAUGGAACAUUUGUUUCUCGGAGAAGGAAAAUUGGAAAAUUCCAGAGCUGGAAUACUUGUUAAGAUUUUUGUGUGGGUUGUGGCCAGAAGAAAAAAUUGGAGUUGAUACUGACAUUUGAAAUGUGGCAUAAUUCAUCAUUUUACACCUUUCACUCAUGGUCUGCCGAACUGCUUAUUAUCCUUCAAAUUAAUUUUAGCUUCAAAACCACACAUUUUUUCUUCAAUUAAAGUUUUUUAGUUGGUGUAAUCAUGUCUCAUGAGGUUACAAUUUGUCCAAUUCUGCCCACUGCUAAAAUGGGAGAUGGGAGGAUUUGUUUGCUGAAUAGCUGUGUUUUGUACAUAUGCAGUAUAGUUAUUCGACUC